AUGGCUCACCUAAAACAAGAAAAUCUGAUAACCGAAAAGCAACAUGGAUUUUUGAAAGGAAAAUCAACCAGCUCUGCCAUCAUCAGCCUUGUUGAACAUGUUAUUGACCAAAUAGACAAAGAACAAUACGUAUCUGCACUCUUUCUUGACUACAGCAAGGCGUUUGAUUGCCUGGGCCACGACAUCAUCUCAAAGAAAUUAACAUCAUUAGGAAUCAGAGACACAGCUAACAAAUGGAAAAAACCAUCCUACAUUGGUAGGAAGCUGAGGAACCUCCUGCCACAAGCUGUGAAAAACCUCAAGGGAGCUGCCUUGAAAAGAUGUCUUCACAACUUCCUGGUGGACCACCCAAUAUACACCAUCGAAGAAUUCACAGAAGUAAACAAGGAAGAUUGGAGGCUCUGA